AAAGAAUGGCUAGCUGCAAUUCCGGGCAUUGCUCAGCUAAAGCCAACGCAGUUUGUGUGCGAAAAACAUUUUGAAGAACGAUUUAUUCUUAGGAAAUGGAUUAAACGGGACUUCAAUGGUCGAAUAAUUGCUGAAGUUUCAUACAAACGCCCUCGACUUGACCUGUCAGCUGUUCCAUCAAUAUUUGAUAGUGACAACGCACCACAAGAUUCAUGCUCAAAUCAGAGGAUCGUCAAUAAUCACAUCGUCACAGCAGAUACUUCAAACAAGGAGAACAAGACCUCUGCCUUUAACUGUAUCGGUGAACACAUCCCACAAGAUUGCUUAAGUCAGAGGAUUGUCAAUGAUGACAUUGUCACAGCAGAUACUUCAAACAAGGAGAACGAGUCCUCUGCCUUUAACUGUAUCGGUGAACACAUCCCACAAGAUUGCUUAAGUCAGAGGAUUGUCAAUGAUGACAUUGUCACAGCAGAUACUUUAAACAUGGACAGCGAGUCCUCUGCUUUUGACUCUAUCGGUGAACACAUCGAGGCGUCGUAUUGUACACAAGACAUGAGAAACGACGAUUCUUCAGCAAUGGAGCAAAUUGAUGCAGACUCACUGACGCAAGCGACGAAUGUUGAUCCGCUUCUGGAUCCCGAACUGCGGAAAUUGCCGGAAAAAUUAGAAGUGUCGGACCAGGAGUUUGAUAUUAUUUCAAAAAUUACUAUGAGCGUUUGUAGUAGUGGAGCACAAACAAAUAGUGCGAUGGGUGAGAAGUCUCUCGUCACUAUUCCGAAGUCGUGGAGUUUUGCUGAAUUAAAGAAUAAUGAGGGACUGACCAUUCUGUUCUCAUAUUCAGUUAUGAAAUUGGAAAACGGCAUGAAAGUCCCGAUAACUGAAAAGAACGUAGUAAUUACCAGUGACAGAACAGUUAGUUACUAUGUUUACGGGCGUGCUGUCGCUGCUGAAAAACAUAAGCUUAACGGACGUUUGGAUGAUGUAAGAUUGCUACCGAAAAUUUUGGAAGCGUUUCAAAAUAUGAAUAUGUGCAAUGGUCUGGGUGAUGUCAAUAUUCACCUCCUAUCGGUUCAUGAUGUAGUCAAAGAUUAUGUUGACCGAUGGCGUCACAAGAAUUGCACUAUGAUUUCAACACGAAAAAGGUGUGAUUGCUGUACAAAAAUGACGCAUUUGGUACACAAGAAAGAAGCAAGGCUUAAAAAAAAUGGAACAUUCACACGCGUACAUAAAGCUUUGAAUCCAAUUGAUGAAAGGAAGCUGAUUGCUCUGAGGAAAAAAAACCAUCGUGAAAGAGUCGGAAAGAAUAGGGCUGUGCGCCGUAUCCGAUUAUUGAAACUAUCGUUAGAAAGUAAGGCCAACGAAAUUGCUUCAAUUCAUGCCGAAACGUUGGACCAAAAAUGUUCGGCACUAGAUGUUCCAUCCGCACAAAAAACCGCACUUCGAGAAAUAAUAUCUGCUGCAGGAAAAAGAGAUAACAAUCGGCGCUACAGUGAAGAGUGGAUUAUGUUAUGUGCAUUAAUGAAUAUAAGAUCACCGGGGUAUUACGACUUUCUCCGCAAAAAUAAUGUUUUGCCACUCCCCUGUAAAAGAACAAUUCGUAGUUACUUUUCUCUUAUCGACAUGAAGUGUGGUUUUGAUAAAGAGUUUGCAAACCUGCUCAAAAAGCACUUUGCUACAAAAUCUUCGCUGCAGCGACAUGGUGUGCUUCUGUUGGACGAGAUAAGUUUGCGCAAGUCUGUGGCUGUUUGUUCGAAGAACCUGACUUAUAUUGGUUUGACUGACCUCGGCGAUGACGGGCCGCAGUCUAUUAACAUCGAAGACCAAGCAACACAUGGUCUUGUCUUAAUGUUCCAGCCACUUGCAGAUACGUACACUCAACCAGUAGCAGUGUUUGCUUCAAAAAACUCAGUCAAGGGUGACGAACUCGCGAAGAUAGUAAUUAAAGCUAUCGCGUAUCUUAAAAUGACUGGCGCAAAAAUUCACGGCAUCAUUGCCGACGGUGCGGCGACGAACGCGAAAAUGUGGUCCGUUUUGGGCGUAUCGGGUUUAAUGAACGCCACGAAGAACUGGUUCACCCAUCCCGAAGAUGAUGAACGAAAAGUCUUCGUCUUUUCGGAUACACCGCACCUCAUCAAAUGUAUACGGAAUCGGUGGUACAAUAAGAAAAAGUUACGGAUAAAAUCGUCUGAUAACUACGUCUAUUGGAGUCACUUGAAGAUCUUGUUCGAUCUUGAUACUCAACACGCAGGAAACGCCAGGGUCUGUCCCAAAUUAACACAAAGGCAUGUUGUGCUAGAUAAUCCCUCAAAAAUGCGUGUUCGCCUUGCAACCCAGAUUUUCAGUAAUUCUGUGGCACAUGGAUUAGCUUUUUACGCAUCACAUAUAAAGGAUUGUCUCACAGGGUGUGAAGAAACAAUUCGAUUCUGCAAACGUAUCAAUGAUAUGUUCGAUGCGCUGAAUCGAAAAACCCCGAAUCAAGGACUUACUCCAGACAGCAAGGACUUUAAGAUAUUGCAAGAUUCGUUGGAGUGGUUGAAUGAGUGGGAGACAGCUGCCCAAAAAGGCGACAUAACUCCAGAUGAAUAUCUCACACAAGAGACUUCAAAAGGAUUACGAUUAACCCUACAAUCAUCACUGGACAUGUGCCGUUAUCUUAUUGAAAAAUAUGAUUUCCAGUAUCUGUUAACGGGAAAGUUGAACCAGGAUAACUUGGAGAAAUUUUUCGGUAUCGUUCGCCAAGCUGCAGGGUGUAAUGAUCACCCAAACUGCCCAACAUUCUUGCAGCUCUACAAACUGUUAUCGAUGUACAGCAUAAUAAAACCUCCAAAAUUUGGAAAUUGUACCGUUACUGAUCAAUCGACACCACACAUUCUCAUUUCCCUGAAAGACCUGAAGGCUGCUUACGGACAGAAAUCUGAAGCACAAAGCGCUAAAUUUCGACGUAAAAUCAGAGAUAAAUUAGAUGAAAUUAUACAACAUGACGAUUGGGUGGCUGAUGACAUUUUCGAAGGCUAUUCCGAUCAUGAAGAUUAUGCCCUCUCCCCGAUCCUUGACUGCAUUAGAUAUUAUGUGACAGGUUUUUCGAUCUAACUUUUAUUUUUCUUUCAACAUCUUAAUUACUUAAUAUCUUAACGUGGGUAUCUUAUUUGUAUUAUACUGACACCAUUUCUUCAAUCAGCUUGACUAUAUGAAUUCUUUUUUAAUAUGCAUGCAUUACUUUCAUACAUUUAGAUCGUAGAAUGCAAAGUUUCUAUUUAUUUAGUAGCACUUUGAUUAAUAGAAUAUUAGGCGCUUUCCAUUUACACUCAAGUGAGUUGAGUCACUCAGUUAUGUGAGUACUUUAGAUUCAGAAUACUCAGAUAAGACGUCAGUUGUUCAGUGAGUAAAAGGAAUUUACCUGCUUAUUUUGGUGGCAAAGCUAUCGCAUAACAAUACAAGUUCAUAAGCUCACUUUUAAUGUGAGUCUAAGGACACGGUCUCGAUUGUGAAUAAAAAUUUAGUUGAAUCUAACUUGCCAUCAGCAUCAAAAGGAACGUGCAUUCAACUGAGUUAAGGUGACGCUCGAUCAGCUCGACGCUCAUUUUCAGCGAGCAAAAAUCUUC